AACGUUCACACUCCGCACCAGUCACCACCACAUAUAGCACGGAACCACAUUCUCAGUCACUUCCACUAGUUCCACUGCUUGUUGGCUGCCGUGCCUUCUCAAAUACACUUAUCUUCUGUGGUUACAGUAUUUAUUCGCUACGGCUUAUCGUGUGUGCGCCUAUAUUUUACAAUUCAAAGGAAACUUUCAGUUGACUAAUUAGUAGUGUUACAUACCUGACCUUGAAUUGCAGAAUUCGUACUGUACGUACCGUCUUGUUUGAUUUAACUAGUCGAUAUUAUUCAAUCACCACUUUAUCAUGUCAUCAAAGACGAAAACGAGGGGUUCUUCUGCACAAAGUAGUUCCACCACGGCGGCGACAUCAUCUACGCCUCAGGUCCCGACAUCGUCUUCGUCCGUUUCAAGUCCAAUGACGCCAACUCGGCUAUCCCGCAUACAAGAGAAAAAUACUCUUGCUGGAUUGAACGACCGUCUUGCGGCAUACAUUGACAGAAUUCGACAUCUUGAACAUGAAAACCAGUCUUACCAAAAACAGAUAACUCAAUUUGAGGAAAGUGAACAAAAAAAUAUCACACGUAUCACAACAGACUAUGAAAAUGAAGUCAUGGCACUUCGUAAGUUGGUGGAUGAAACUGCUAGGGAUAAAAAUAAGUUAAGCAAUGACAAUUCGACUCUGAAGAAGGAUUACGACGAUAUCCGCUCGAAAUUUGACAAAAAGUCAAAAGAUCAUCAAGCAAUUCAACGCAACCUAGCUCAGGCGGAAAAUAAUUUGGCAGAAUUGCAGGCAGAGGCCAGUCGAAUUGGUUCCGAGCGUGACAAGUUGGUAGCAGAGAAAAAGGACUUUGAGGGAGAAAUUGCUCGGUUAUCGCGUGAAGUUAAUGACCUGAGGAUCAAAUUUGAGCAAGAGUCGCUGGCCAAAGUGGAAGCUGAGAAUCAGCUUCGAACUAAGAAUCAAGAAUUAUCAUUUACAAGUCAGCUACAUCAGAAGGAGAUUAUAGAGAUGCGGUCUCGUCGACAGGUUGAGAUACAAGAGGUGGAUGGACGACUUCAGCAGGAAUACGAAAACAAACUCCAACAGAGCAUUCAAGAGCUCCGUGCAGAAUACGAAGCUCAAUUGCAUGCUAACAAGGAAGAAAUGGAGAAUCUCUAUGCUCAGAGGAAUUCUGAUUUAAAAAAUCAAUUGAAACGAACUCAGAGCACUUUGGGUUCAAAGAAUGAAGAGAUUUCGACCUUGCUACUCAAGCUUGAUGUAUCAUCUCAAGCAUCCGCUAAAUUCGACCAAGAGCGUGCCGAACUGUUGAGAAAACUUAAGGACUUGGAGAAAAAACUCGAAGACGACCAUGCGAAAUUUGCCAAAAUGUUGGAUGCCAGGGAUGGCGAGAUCGAUUCUUUAAUGAAAGAAAAGAGCGCUUUGAUGAUGGACUAUCAAGAUUUGAUGGAUACGAAAGUUGCUUUGGACAAUGAAAUUGCGACAUACAGGAAGCUCCUUGAAACUGAAGAACGAAGGUUAUCCAUCUCCCCAACCGGUGGCAGACGAGCAGGCACUCCGAGCGAACGUCGAGGAACUCCACUGAGAGCCGUUAAGAAGCGUCGAUUUGAAGCAGACACUUAUGACAUUCAAGCUGAUUUCGAAGUGCAAGCCACUCAACGCGGAGAUAUUGCUAUACAGGAAGAAGAUGCGGAUGGGAAAUUCAUUAAACUAGCCAACAAGGGAGAAAAGGAUGUGUCACUUUCCGGUUGGACUCUUACCCGUCGGGCUGGUGAUUUGGAAACGACUCAUAAAUUUUAUCGUCAAAUGAAAUUGGAAGCUAAUUCGGUCGUUACAAUUUGGUCAUCUGAUGCUCCAGGGGCCGUUCACGAUCCGCCACGUAAUUUGACCAUGAAAACCCAAAAGUGGUUUCCUUCUGACAAUUUCCUUACGGUUUUGCACAAUAACACUAACGAGGAGGUUGCAACUCGUACCACGAAGAGGGUGCAAUUUAGCCAUCAAAGAAAACGUUUAGGUUUUGGAUCGCCCGAGGAUUUAUUUCAUCAGGAAGGGGAUGAAGCACAAGGGACAGAUCGGUGUGUCAUUUGCUAAAAGGUGUUUGCUGACAAGUACCUUUGGAAAAUCACUGCCCUUAAUUAAACCACCUAAUUGAACGUUCCCCAAUUUUCCGUUAAUUCUUCUGUGCCUCCUUUUUGAGGAUAUUAUUGUCAAACCCAUUGUGUCAUUUAGAGUUCAAUAAUUUGACCAGUGAAAUUUAGUUAUAAUUUUUGUAGCUGCGUGACACAGUAUGUAUUAUCAUCUCUUCAUCUCCAACUGGCAAUUUGACUAUGUGUACGUAUGUAUCUACAAACACCAAAAAGAUGAUACAUCUAUAUAGUAGGCAGCAAAAUAAUUCUACAAUUAUUAUUAAUUUUAUUAAUUUAUAUAUAAUUCUACAUUGACUACAUGUACGUUUCAAUUGAUCCUUAAAACAAAGUGUAUAUCUACGAAGAAAAUUACUAAAUAUAUUAAAUAAAUAUCUAUUUGUUAACAAUGUCACUAAAAUUAGGAGUACUUUUGUUGUUAAGUUUUGUAAUUUUCGGUGGUGUUCAUAUGUUCUAUCUUUCUGGAUUGUUUUGAUAAUAAAGCAAUAAAUUUGUUCAUUUUCAAACUCCAUUCUGUAAAAAAGAUGAAAUAAAAUGAUUUCUGUCUCCUCGCUUUUAGA